CAAUUGUUUGCGUUCACCAAAUUUGGAUUUCCCCAAGAUGGCUCAGCAAAUUGUGGGAAAGGCUGCACCCGACAUGGCCCUGGAGAUUUCCAGCGGGACCGGGGAGACAAAGGAAUGUAGCCUGCUGUCGCUGCAGCAGCCAGGACAGGCCAUGGUGCUGGAUUUCUUUGCACCGUGGUGCAAGGCUUGCCCAAAGGCUGCUCAGCAUUUGGAUCACUUGGCCGAGAGCUACGCUGAGCGCUGUCAGUUUGUCUUGAUUUGCGUGGAUGGAGAUGUGGAUGAAGCCCUGAGCUUUGCCAAGGAGCAUGGCAUCACUCGGUGUAUCGCAGCAUCUGUGGUGGAUGAGAAUGCACCAGCCAGCUACCAUGUUUCUGGACUUCCACAUCACACACUCAUUGCUCCAGAUGGCACCAUUGCUCGCAACUAUGAGGUGAACUUGCCAGGUGAUUUGGACGAAGCUCUGGCCAAGGAGGCCUCCAAUGACUUCUUAGCCCCAGUGCCAAAGAAGAGCCCCAUCUCCGACAAGUACAAGGAAUUGGAGAAGCAAGACCCUUUGUUGAAGGAAAACCCUCGUCGUUGGGUGAUGUUCCCACUUCAGUAUCCAGAAGUGUGGGAGAUGUACAAGAAGCAUGAGGCAUCCUUUUGGACAGCUGAGGAAAUCGACCUUGCACAAGACAACAAGGAUUGGGUGAACCUUACCGAGAGCGAGCAGCACUUUGUCAAGCAUGUGCUUGCUUUUUUUGCUGCCUCAGACGGCAUUGUCCUGGAGAACUUGGCACAGCAGUUUUCCUCAGAGGUGCAGAUUCCAGAGGCCCGGGCCUUCUACGGCUUCCAAAUUGCCAUGGAAAACAUCCACUCUGAGACCUACUCACUGCUGAUUGAACAGUACAUCAAGGACCCAAAGGAGAAGGACGAUUUGUUUGAUGCCAUCCACACCAUGCCAGCUGUCAGGGAGAAGGCAAGCUGGGCCAUCCAGUGGAUGAAUCGCGAGAGCAGUUUUGCCGAGAGAUUGGUGGCCUUCGCAGCUGUGGAAGGAAUUCUCUUCAGUGGAUCAUUUUGUGCCAUCUUCUGGUUGAAGAAGCGAGGAUUGAUGCCGGGCCUUACCUUCUCCAAUGAGCUCAUCUCUCGCGAUGAGGGUUUGCAUGCAGAUUUCGCCUGCUUGCUCUACGGCAUGCUGCAGAAUCGCUUGCCAGAAGAUGUGGUCCAUGACAUCAUCCGCGGGGCGGUGGAGGUGGAACGCAAGUUCAUUUGUGGAGCCCUUUCCUGUGACCUCAUUGGUAUGAACAAGGACCUGAUGACUCAGUACAUUGAGUUUGUGGCUGAUCGUCUUCUCACAGCCUUGGGUCACAGCAAGAUCUUUGGCUCAGAGAAUCCAUUCGACUGGAUGGAGCUGAUUUCUUUGCAGGGCAAGACCAACUUCUUCGAAAAAAGGGUUGGCGAGUACCAGAAGGCAGGCGUCAUGACUGGCACCACCGAGCCUUUGUCGGCCUUCGCGCUGGACGCAGAUUUCUGAGGGUCAAUGUUGAUCCAGGAGGAUCUGAACCUGAUCUUAGAUGAUCAUAGAUGAUCUUAGUAUAUUUCUUAGUUAUAGACAGUUCUAGAUAUAUCUUGAUUUGGGGUCGGGGAGCCAAUCGAAGAUUGGUCGAACUCAUAGGGCCGCUCUGUUGCACGCCUAUGGGAUCCUAUGGGACCUUGAUCACGGGCGCCGGUGAGUCCAAUGCCUGUGCACAAAGAUAUGGUCGAGGGUGAAAAA